CCCUCCACCAGCUCACACAUUACAGACAUGAGUACGAUUUAACGUCGUGAGACCCACAGCAGUUAUUACAAGGUGAUAAACAGGGAGGCGCAUGAACACACGUACGCAGAAGAGGGAAAUCUGAGAGGGUGGGAAGUGUAGAAACAAUAUCUAUCUAUCUAUCUAUCUAAAUCGUCAACGUGCUGGGCGUUAUGGCAAAAGCGACACCAUGGUGUUGAAGAGACUGAGUGGUUUGGUAUGGAUUAGUUGAGAGAUGUGAAUGAAGUAGAUGGGCGGCAUUCAAUGCAUUCCCAGGCGAGUAAAAGGGGCAGGGAGAAGAAAGUGUAAGUAGUAAUUGGUUUUGCGGAAGGAGGGAGGAGAUAGUAGAGAAUGCAGAGGUCUGGGAGCAUCUAUGCCUGGGGCUCUCGUCGAUCACAGGACGAGGAGGACGACGAAGAGGCGCUCAGAUGGGCUGCCUUGGAAAGUCUCCCCACUUACGACCGCCUUCGCAGGGGUGUUCUUCGUACCGAUGCAGGCGACCACCGCGACGUCCAUGUCGCUGCUCUCACAUUUCAUGACCGCCAGCUGCUGCUCGAAAGGCUCUUCAACAUUACAGAUCAGAAUUCCGAGCGUUUUCUCUUCAUGAUGCGGGAAAGAAUCACCAGAGUGGGAAUCUCACUGCCGAAAAUCGAGGUGCGGUUUCAGGGGUUAAAUGUAGAUGCAGAUGUGUAUAUCGGCAGCAGAGCUCUGCCCACCAUUCCCAAUUUUGUAUUCAAUAUGGUACAGGCAGUUCUGAGGUUCCUGCGAAUAUUUCCCAGCGGGAAGAGGAAACUGUCCAUUCUCUCAGAUGUGAGCGGGAUAAUUAAGCCGUGCAGGAUGACGCUUCUCCUGGGACCGCCCAGCUCUGGGAAAACGACCCUGCUUUUGGCUUUGGCUGGUCGCCUCGAUUCCGAGCUGCAAGUGUCUGGAAGGGUGACUUAUAAUGGACACGAUUUAGACGAAUUUGUGCCUCAGAGAACCUCAGCUUAUGUUAGUCAGAAUGAUUUGCAUGUGGCUGAAUUGACAGUGAGAGAAACUCUCGACUUCUCGGGUCGUUGCCAAGGAGUUGGCACUCGAUAUGACAUGUUAGUGGAGCUAUCCAGGCGGGAGAAAUAUGCUGGUAUUAAGCCCGAUGAGGAUAUUGACAUGUUUAUGAAGGCCUCUGCGUUAGAAGACCAGCAAGCGUACCGUCUCGUAACGGAUUACGUAAUGAAGAUUUUAGGGCUGGAUAUAUGCGCUGAUACCAUAGUGGGAGACGAAAUGAGAAGAGGGAUUUCCGGGGGCCAAAGGAAACGUCUGACAACUGGAGAGCUGCUUGUGGGUCCGGCCAGAGUUCUGCUGAUGGACGAGAUAUCUACAGGUCUAGACAGCUCUACAACGUUCCAGAUUGUCAAGUAUUUGCGUCAAUCUGUGCAUGCAUUAGAUGGUACCGCAGUCAUCUCUUUAUUGCAGCCAGCCCCUGAAACAUUCGAGCUCUUCGAUGACAUUAUUCUGUUAUCAGAAGGUCAGAUUGUAUACCAGGGACCUCGGCAACAUGUUCUGGAGUUCUUCGAAUCAUUGGGUUUCAGGUGUCCCGAGAGAAAAGCUGUAGCAGAUUUCCUGCAGGAAGUGACAUCCAGGAAGGAUCAGCAGCAGUAUUGGGCUCAUGCUGAUCGGCCAUAUCGAUACGUGCCCAUUGUGGAUUUUGUUAAAGCCUUUCGAAGCUUUCCUCUAGGCAAAAAGCUGUCGGAAGAAUUGGCAGUACCUUAUGAUAAAAGGAAGAGCCAUCCUGCAGCUCUUGCAACUUCAAGAUAUGGUAUAGGUAAAGCUGAGCUCUUGCGGGCCAGCUUUUGGAGGGAAUGGGUUCUCAUCAGGAGAAAUUCAUUCAUUUAUGUCUUCAAAACUGUGCAGAUCUCCUUCGUCGCAUUCUGCACAAUGACAGUUUUUUUCAGGACAAAGAUGCAUCAUGAUACAGUAAAUGAUGGGGGAUUGUACCUGGGUGCACUUUACUUCGGAAUACUUAUGUGCAUGUUUAAUGGAUUUACUGAAACAGCCAUGACCAUAGCCAAACUUCCUGUUUUAUAUAAACAGAGAGAUUUGCUCUUCUAUCCAACUUGGGUGUACACCCUUCCUACAUGGGUUUUCAGUCUGCCUAGUUCGCUGUUGGAAUCUAGCAUUUGGGUCUUUAUGACUUAUUAUGUGAUUGGUUUUGAUCCCCAGAUUGAGAGAUUCUUUCGUCAAUUUUUGCUUAUUUUCGUUGUACACCAGAUGUCUCUUGGACUCUUCAGAUUAAUGGCUUCAGUGGGUCGUAACAUGGUGGUUUCUAACACAUUUGGUUCAUUUGCAAUGCUGAUAGUCAUGGCUCUUGGAGGAUUCAUUCUUUCUCGACAAAGCAUCAAAGGCUGGUGGAUAUGGGGUUAUUGGAUAUCUCCAUUAAUGUAUGCUCAGAAUUCAGCAAGUGUCAAUGAAUUCUUGGGACACUCAUGGCAUAAGCAUGUUGGUAACCAGACUUUAGGUGAAUUAGUGCUUACAUCUCGGGGUUUAUUUCCAUAUGCAUACUGGUACUGGAUUGGCGUUGCAGCUUUAACGGGUUAUGUCAUCUUAUUCAAUGUUCUUUUCACUUGGACAUUAGCAUACCUUAAUCCUAUUGGGAAAGCUCAGGCGGUGGUCUCUGAGGAUGUUCUCCAGGAGAGGCAUGUAAAUAGGACAGGAGAGCGCUUGAUAGAGUUGACUCCAACUUCUCGAGCAGGGUCUGCUAAGGAAGCCACUCAAGGACUAGAUAGUUUUAGGCUUACGAGGUCUGCGACUGUUCAAAAUGGGAACUCGGAAUCUUUCGCAACAAAGCAAAGGAGGGGCAUGGUUCUUCCAUUUCAACCAUUUAACAUUUGCUUCAAACAUGUUAACUACUAUGUGGACAUGCCACCGGAAAUGAAACAACAAGGCAUAACAGAGGACAGGCUUCAGCUUUUGCGAGAUGUGAGUGGAGCUUUUAGACCUGGCAUUCUUACCGCUUUAGUGGGAGUUAGUGGAGCUGGUAAGACCACAUUUAUGGAUGUAUUGGCUGGGCGGAAAACGGGUGGCUAUAUAGAGGGUAGCAUUAAUAUAUCUGGUCAUCCUAAAAACCAAGAAACAUUUGCUAGGAUCUCAGGGUACUGCGAACAAAACGACAUUCACUCACCUCAUGUAACAGUCUAUGAAUCCCUCCUAUAUUCUGCAUGGCUUCGUCUUCCAUCCGAAGUUUCCUCAGAUACCAGAAAGAUGUUUGUGGAUGAAGUAAUGGAACUUGUAGAGCUCACUUCUUUGAGAGGUGCCUUGGUUGGGCUUCCUGGAGUGAAUGGUCUAUCUACUGAACAGCGUAAGCGAUUAACAAUAGCAGUAGAGCUUGUGGCUAAUCCUUCAAUUAUAUUCAUGGACGAGCCAACUUCAGGCUUGGAUGCUCGGGCAGCAGCUAUAAUUAUGAGAACAGUAAGAAAUAUUGUCGACACAGGGAGAACUAUUGUUUGCACCAUCCAUCAGCCUAGUAUUGAUAUCUUUGAAGCAUUUGAUGAGCUAUUCUUAAUGAAGCGAGGAGGUCAGCUUAUCUAUGCAGGUCCAUUGGGUCGCAAUUCUAACAAACUUAUAGAAUAUUUUUCGGCCAUUGAGGGGGUUCUGCAGAUAAAGGAAGGCUAUAAUCCAGCUACGUGGAUGCUGGAAGUAACUUCCAUGUCAGAAGAGCGCCGUCUAGGGGUCAACUUCAGUGAAAUCUAUAGAGCAUCGGAAUUGUAUAGGCAAAACAUGGCACUAGUAGAUAGUUUGAGCAAGCCAAUUCCAGGCUCAAGAGAGCUUCAUUUUGAGACAAAGUACUCUCAGCCCUUUCUAGCACAAUGCAUGGCUUGCCUAUGGAAGCAGCACUGGUCCUACUGGAGGAACCCUCAGUACACUGCAGUUAGAUUGCUCUUCACAUUAAUUAUCUCAUUAAUGUUUGGCACUAUAUGUUGGAAAUUUGGAUCCAAAAGGAGUGAACAACAGGAUAUUUUGAACGCCAUGGGUUCAAUGUAUACAGCUGUUCUCUUCAUGGGUGUGACAAAUUCAUCUUCAGUGCAACCCGUAAUUUCAGUGGAGAGAAUGGUUUUCUAUCGGGAAAAAGCUGCUGGAAUGUAUUCCGCUCUACCGUAUGCUGUUGCUCAGGGGGCGAUUGAAUUUCCAUACAUAUUGCUCCAAGCAAUCAUCUACGGAGUGAUCUUUUAUUCCAUGGGCUCCUUUGAGUGGUCGGUGGGGAAAGUCUUUUGGUAUUUCUUCUUCAUGUAUUUUACUUUCAUGUACUUCACAUUCUUUGGGAUGAUGACAGUGGCAAUCACCCCAGACCAUAAUGUUGCUGCAAUUAUAGCAGCACCUUUCUUCAUGCUGUGGAAUCUUUUCUCAGGAUUCAUGAUUCCCCGUCGGAUGAUUCCUGCAUGGUGGAGAUGGUAUUAUUGGUUGAACCCUGUAGCUUGGACGCUUUAUGGCCUUUUGUCUUCGCAAUAUGGAGACGUGGAAACCAGUUUGAGGCUGGCCGAUGGGUCACACCAGCCCGUGAAACAUUUUGUACGAGACUAUUUUGGGUAUCAUUAUCACUUGGUGGGAGUGGUGGCAAUUGUGUUGGUCGGCUUCUGUCUCACCUUUGGCCUUGUCUUUGCCUUCGGAAUCAGACAUUUCAAUUUUCAAAAACGCUAGACACUCUAAUGCUACUCUUACACUUUUACUCCACUGCAAUAACACACCUUGCUCUGCUUGCACCACAAUUUGUUAUCAUUUUUUGUAGAUAAAAUGUACCAUUUUAAUGCAUCUUCCUCCUAAUGCAUUCUUGAGCAAGGGAUAGAUAAAGAUUGUUUAACAUGCUCUUGGGAGAGGUAAGUUAAGAAGAGUGGUAUGGCAACUUGACCAUCCAAACUUUUAGUUUAUGGUUUAAUUGUGAAACUACACUUCUUACUCUCCUUUAUGAGAUAUAUAUAUAUAAAAAAAUCAAUUCAAAUAUAUAUUCAAUGCCAUUUUCAUUA